AUAAAACGCAAAUACAAAUUGACAAGAUUAUUUAACAAAAUCGUUAGUUUUUACAGUGAAGUGCAAAUGAAAAACAAAAUGAAGUGUUUGGACAAGUUACCGACAGUUAUAAGUUGUUGUUUCUGUUGCUUUCUCAGAGCUGGCACAGUGUUGAUAGCAGUAUUCUCUUUUACAAUCGGUCUCUUGUUCGCUCCAAAUGUAAGCCACAGUCCUGGGUAUUGGGACAUGAACCCAGUCCUCUCAAACUACAGCUCAGUGACUGAAGCGACGGCACAAAUAAUAAUAGGAGCAGCUUCUAUCAUGCUCUGUUUAGUUAGUGUACUGCUGAUGGUUGGAGCUUGCUGUAAUAUGCCAGUGCUUAUAGAAAUAUACCAAUGGGGUGCAAUCAUAUACAGUGCUACGAUAGGUUUCACCUUCUUUAUACUGGCUCUCUUCUGCUUCUUCGUUCACACUAAUUGCUAUCUGGCUGGUAGCUUUUUACUUGGCUUUAUUGUGUGUGAUGUUUUACUGACUGGGUAUUUCAUAAUAGUGACGAACAGUUUGAGAAUGUCUUUGCAGUACUUGUCUAGUCAUGACAUCGUAAUUUGAAAAGUGGAAACUUAAAUAAAUUGAUCAGCAUGGCUGUAAUGUGG